AUGAAUCCCCUUGUAUUAACCAUUAUUAUCUCAAGCCUAGGUCUAGGAACUAUUCUCACAUUCAUCAGCUCUCACUGACUACUAGUCUGAAUAGGCCUUGAAAUCAACACUCUGGCCAUCCUUCCUCUAAUAAUUCACCAGCACCAUCCUCGCGCAGUAGAAGCCUCAACAAAAUAUUUUAUUACACAAGCAACCGCCUCAGCCCUACUUCUAUUCGCUAGCGCUACAAACGCCUGAACCUCAGGCGAAUGAAGCCUAAUCGAAAUAAUUAAUCCAGGCUCUGCCACACUGGCCACAAUCGCAUUAGCAUUAAAAAUCGGCUUAGCUCCCCUCCAUUUCUGACUCCCCGAAGUUCUUCAAGGCCUAAAUCUUACUACAGGCCUCAUCCUUUCCACCUGACAAAAACUUGCACCAUUUGCCGUCCUCCUACAACUCUAUCCCUCCUUAAACCCCAACCUAUUAAUUUUUCUUGGGAUGCUCUCCACCAUAGUGGGAGGAUGAGGCGGAUUAAAUCAAACCCAACUACGAAAAAUCCUAGCCUACUCCUCAAUUGCCCAUCUAGGCUGAAUAGUCUCCAUUCUCCCCUAUUCCUAUAAUUUAACCCAACUUAACUUAAUUCUCUAUAUUAUUAUAACUUCAACAACCUUCCUUCUAUUCAAAACACUUAACUCAACCAAAAUUAACUCUAUCUCCUCAUCUUCAUCAAAAUCCCCCUUACUUUCCAUUAUUGCCCUCAUAACCCUCCUCUCUCUUGGAGGCCUUCCUCCCUUAUCAGGCUUUAUACCAAAGUGACUUAUCUUACAAGAACUAACCAAACAAAAUUUAAUUAUCCCCGCUACUGUCAUGGCCAUAACGGCCCUCCUCAGUCUAUUUUUUUACCUACGUUUAUGUUAUGCUACAACACUAACCAUAUCCCCCGCCCCAAUUAAUAUAUUAACAUCAUGACGAACCAAAUUAUCCCAUAACCUGAUUUUAACAACCACUGCCUCCCUAUCUAUUUUCCUCCUCCCAAUCACCCCAGCCAUCCUCAUACUAAUAUCCUAA